GAUGGUACUCGAGACCGCAGUUCCGAGGUCACUGCCCCGGCGGGGUGGAGCCGCCAGGGUCCGCGGGUCCCAGGGAGGUCCCAGUAGCCUCAGCGCAGGUGAACAGGACGCCGCCGUCUCCAGCCUACACCAUGACCCAGCCGGUGCCCCGGCUCUCUGUGCCCGCCGCGCUGGCCUUGGGUUCGGCCGCACUGGGCGCCGCCUUUGCCAGCGGCCUCUUCCUCGGGAGACGGUUCCCUCCACGGCGAUCCCGGCAAGAGAAGCGACUGCUGCCCCCUGAGGACAGCCCCCUGUGGCAGUAUCUGCUGAGCCGCUCCCUGCGGGAACACCCGGCGCUGCGGAGUCUGCGGCUGCUGACCUUGGAGCAGCCGCAGGGGGAUUCCAUGAUGACCUGUGAGCAGGCCCAGCUCCUAGCCAACCUGGCUCGCCUCAUCAAGGCUAAGAAGGCGCUGGAUCUGGGCACUUUCACAGGCUACUCAGCCCUAGCGUUGGCCCUGGCGCUGCCGCCUGCCGGGCGCGUGGUGACCUGCGAAGUUGAUGCGGGGCCCCCAGAGCUGGGGCGGCCCCUGUGGAGGCAGGCUGAGGAGGAGCACAAGAUCGACCUUCGGUUGAAGCCUGCCUUGGAAACCCUGGACGAGCUCCUGGCCGCGGGCGAGGCUGGCACCUUCGAUGUGGCCGUGGUGGACGCAGACAAGGAGAACUGCACCGCUUACUAUGAGCGCUGCCUUCAGCUGCUGCGACCUGGGGGCGUCCUCGCUGUACUCAAUGUCUUGUGCCAUGGAGAGGUGUUGCAGCCUCAACCGCAGGACAAAGUGGUCCAGUGUGUGCGAAACCUGAAUGAGCGCAUCCUGAGAGAUGCCCGGGUCCACAUCAGCCUCCUGCCCCUGGGCGACGGCCUUACUUUAGCCUUCAAGAUCUAGAGCUGGCCACUAGGGAGUGGCCUCAAGGGAGGGGCCCUGGGAAUCGCAGUUUUAAAUCUGACAAUAAAGUGAGGUCUGGGAAGAGAAAUUCUGAGCCUCCCUAAGUGCUGAGAUGGGGUAGGGAGGGAAGGCCCACACUGACUGCACCUUCAGCAGAAGGGAACUUUUGACACCACAGACCUCUACCCCCUCCCGGGCACUCUCCUGAGGAUUACCUAGCACCAGAGCUAUGGCCAGACCACAGAAGCUUCCAGCUGAAUGGACUUUCAGGAUGUAAAGUUUGACCUGCCCACAUGCAACUGGUCAGACCGAGCUCCUUGGGUUUGCCUCCACUCCAGAAGAUCUAAGCGCUAGAAGCUUGGUAGAGGUCCCUUAUCCUCCCUCCUACAUCUCUUUCUAGGAGGCUAAGUCAAUGAAGUUCUUGUUCAGUGCAGCUGGGACUAAGGGAGAGAACAAUCUGGAAUCUGAUGGCAAGAAAGGGGCAUUGCACCAUGUACUUUUGUAGGGUAUGCCAAUUUUGCUGGCCAUUUGCCCAUUUUCAUAUAAUUGUCAGUUCAGCAUGGCCUCACCUCUGCAGUAGAGGCUCUGGUCUACAUCACCACAGAUCAGGCCACUUGACUUAAACCUAAGGACCUCAAGAGUGGGUGAAGUAUAGAGAUAUUAUCCUGUCCUCCCCUGAAGUCCUGAUGGAAGGUGAGAGCCAGAGUGGGAUCACUGACCAGUGGUGUGAAGUAGACAAGCCAAUACGUCGGAGGCAAUUUUUAACAAGAUCCCCAGAAGAUGAAGAGAAAGUUAGGUUUUCCAAUACCAACAUCUAUGUGUUGAGAUGGAGAGGGAGCCAGGUGCUUCACUCUCUGUUUAACUUAUUUAAACCUUCCCAAUCCAUGGGAAAAUCUUAACUCCACACCAAAAUGAUCAGGCUCAGAUAUAGUGUUCUUUCCAUGGCAUCAGCCUAGAAUACAAUUAGGUGUUUGCCACCAUCUGGUUAGGCCUGGGUGGUGGACGUGAACCUGGAGCCUGACACAGGCCCUAUGAGCCCAGAACUGGCGACUUUCAUAACCUGACAGCGCCCUGGGAUAUACCUUGCAUUUAAGGCAACCUUCAUGGACCUAACUACAAACCUAUCUUUCUCCCAUUCAUAAAAGCAUUAGGAGUUCCUGUUUUGGAGCAGCAGAAACAAUCCAACUAGUAUCCAUGAGGGUGCAACCCCUGGCCUCGCUCAGUGGGUCGGGCAUCUGGCGUUGUCAACUACAGUGCAGGCUGCAGACGGGGCUCAGGUCGCACGUUGCUGUGGCUGUGGUGCAGACCAGCAGUAGCUCCAAUUCCGACCCCUGGCCUGGGAACUUCCAUAUGCUGCAGGUGUGGCCCUAAAGAGCAAAAAAAAAAAAAAAAGGUAUUAGGAUGCACAGGAGUGAACAGGUCCAUUUUACUCUUAAGUAUCCUGAAAACACAAGACAUGCUUUCACACCUAGUUUGCAGACACCUUUUCCUAUUUUUACCUAACAAUUGGUCUUGCCUGACUCAAAUUGGUUCAAAUUCCAACUUACUGCCAUUAAGUCAUGUCUUAUUCAUAUGGGCCAUUCUAAGCCAGUCCCUUAGGACAGUGAAAUCAGAAGGGGUCUUUCUGUUCCUCACCCCACCUGUGUGUAAAGCUUGUUUGGGUUUCUUAUCUCUUAACAGAUUCUUAACCUAGAAAUUUUCAGCAUGUAUCACUUUUUGGGUAACGAGUCAAACACAUUUUCUUAUCCUCUCAAACUUCACACUGCAUCACAAUUAUGAAUUUGUUGGGAAAAAAAACCCUUCUCUAACCUUUGAUUGCAUUCUUCUAAUUAUAUCUUCACAUUAAAAUUCCUCUUUCCUGUGUUUCCAA